AUGCAGGCGGUCCGUGAGCGCUUGACGGUGGCGGUCCGCGCCCGUUCGGUGAGCAACCCGGACCACAUUCAGAUCCGCCCCGCGAGCAGCACCGUCCGGGUGGUGCUGCCGCCAGAGCUCGCGAGCGCAAGGUCCGACAACCAGAGGUCGUCGUGGGAGUGGACAUACGAUCACGUCUUUGGUGGCGAGUCGAGCCAGGAGAAGAUCUUUGACGAGACCGUCGCACCGGUGGUGGACGCCGUGCUCCGCGGCUACAAUGGCACGGUGCUCUGCUUUGGACAGACGGGAAGCGGCAAGACGUACACGCACACUGGCUCAAUGAGUCAGUUUGCACAGCGCGGCGUCGCGCCUCGCGCCAUCGCCCGCGUGUUCAGCCACGCAGCUAGCCAGCCCCAGUACGAAACCUUGGUGACCGCCUCGUACCUUGAGAUCUACAACGACACCCUCGUCGACUUGCUGACGGAGCUUCCGGGGCCGGGGCCCGAAUCGCUCUCGCUGGUCGAUUGCGAGUCCAGCACAACUGUGCGCGGCCUCCGCGCCGUGGCGGUCGCGGACGAGGCGGCGGCGCUCGAAGUGCUCUUUACCGGUGAAAGACGGCGCUCUGUCUCCUGCCACCAGCUCAACGACCGCUCCUCGAGAGGGCACGCAGUCUUCACGUUGUCGAUGGAGUUCCGCUCGCGCGUCGAGUCGAGCGGGCGCGUCACGCGCGCAAAGUUGGUCUUCGUCGACCUGGCCGGCUCCGAACGGCUGAAGAAGACACAGACGUCCGGCUGCCUGCGCGGGGAGUCGGUCUACAUCAACCAGUCCCUCACCCACCUCGACCAAGUGGUCGUGGCGGCGGCCGUCUCGCGGGGCCACGUGCCUUACCGGAGGUCAAAGCUCACCCACCUUCUCAGGGACGCCAUCGGCGGCAACUCAAAGACGCUGCUGAUUGCAAACAUGAGCGGCCAGGCGGCGCAUCUCGAGGAGACCAUCGCGACGCUCGAAUUCGCCGCCCGCGCGCGCGCAGUC